AACUUCAACGUCAACGUAGUCGGUGAAUAUUUUUUGGUUAGAAAGUUGCUACUUGCCUGAUUUGCCUUUUUUAAUCCUACAAGUCCUACCUUAUAACUGGGACUAGAAUAUUUUCAUCCAUUAUGUCGAAAGGAUAUGACGAGUACGAGCAGAAUUAUGAAUAUGAUGACUAUGGGGGUCACACUGGAGAUCCCAACAUGGAUGAAUAUAAUAGAACACACUUCAAAAUGCCAGAAGGUGUCAAGAACUUCCUUGUUUACUUUCGUAAUAAUGUAAAUGAGAGUCUAGUAUUUGAAUUGCAAGCUCUUUAUGAACAUACUUGGCCAAAACUCACAGAGGACUAUUUUGACAAGAGGCCAUGGCCUGAAGAGAGUGAAGUUGCUGCCAUUGUUGAUAAUGAUCAUGUGUUCAUGAUCCUCUACAAGGAGCUCUACUACCGCCACAUCUACGCCAGGAUACAGGGCGGCCCCACGAUCGAGCAGCGUUUCAACUCCUUCUUCAACUACUGCGACCUGUUCAACUACAUCCUCAGCGCCGAGGAGCCGGUGCCCCUCGAGCUGCCCGACCUGUGGCUGUGGGAGCUCAUCGACGAGUUCGUCUACCAGUUCCAGUCGUUCGCCCAGUACAGGGCGCGGCUGCAGAGCAAGAAGCCCCAAGAGCUGGAAACGCUCAACUCGAACAACAAGGUGUGGAACGUGCUGUGCGUGCUGAACGUCCUCCACUCGCUGGUCGACAAGAGCAACAUCAAGCAGCAGCUGGAAGUGUAUGCCAGCGGCGGCGAUCCCGAGUCCGUGUCGGGCGAGUUCGGCGGCCACUCGCUCUACAAGAUGCUGGGGUACUUCUCGCUGGUCGGGCUGCUGCGGUUGCAUUCCUUGUUGGGGGACUACUAUCAGGCUAUCAAGGUGUUGGAGAACAUCGAAGUACACAAGAAGUCCCAGUACGCCCACAUCCCCGCCUGCCAGAUAUCCACCUCGUACUAUGUGGGCUUCGCGUACAUGAUGAUGCGGCGGUACGCGGACGCCAUUCGCACCUUUUCCUCCAUCCUGUUGUACAUCCAGAGGACCAAGCAGCUGUUCGCCUCGAAGACCUACCAGCACGACCAGAUCAACAAGCAGACCGACCAGAUGUACAAUUUACUGGCCAUUUGCCUGGUGCUGCAUCCGCAGUGUGUCGACGAGUCCAUUCAGCAAACGCUGAGGGAGAAGAGCUACCACGAGAAGAUGUACAAGAUGCAGUACGGCGACCUGCAGGAAUUUGAGAACUGCUUCGUGUUCGCCUGCCCCAAGUUCCUUUCCCCUUACCCACCCGCCAUUGACUCCGUGCCGGGGGACUACUCCAAGGAGGCGAUCCAGCACCAGACAGGGGUGUUCAUGGAUGAGGUGGCGCAGCAGAAGACGUUGCCGACCAUCAGGAGUUACUUGAAGCUGUACACGACCCUGCCUCUCAGUAAGUUAGCCACCUUCAUGUCCCAGAGCGGGAAGACAGAAGGCAAGCGGGACUUAGACAAGGAGAUGCAGAGCCUGAUCAUCCACCUGCUGUGCUUCAAGCACAAGAUGAAGAACGUGGUGUGGUCCAAGGGGGCUUCCGGGUUGGAAGGGAAGUUCCAGAGCGGCUCAGAGCUUGACUUCUACAUUGACAAUGACAUGAUUCACAUCGCCGAUACUAAGGUAGCACACAGAUACGGCGACUUCUUCAUCAGAAAAAUCUUGAAGUUCGAAGAUCUCAACAGGAAGCUUCACCAGUUGAAACCUUGAUUUAUUGUUCAUACAGUGUGAUAUAUUUCAUAUUUUUUCGUGAAAUAGACAGUAUGUGACAUGUUUUUGAAUA